CUUUCUUAUUACUUUUUUGAUUUUUUUUGUUUCUUUCUGCUUUAUGCCCAUCUACACUUCCUUUCCAAAUAGUUUUAGAGAUUAUCCAUCCUUGAAUCUGAGUUCUUGUUCUAUUGUAAUUGUAUAAUCGGUAUUUCAUAGAUUCAUAUGUGGUUCUUCCAAUUGUAUGUGCUCCUAGGCCCUAGCCUCCUACAGUAAAAACUUUUUACUGAUUGAGAUUUAAUAUUCUUUUUGUAAUUUGUAUUUUAAUCCAACAGUACUUUAUUUGCUUGUUUGAAAUUCUUAAUCCAACAGUACACUUAAGCCUAUUCAAAGUUAUUUGCCAUGAUUUGUGGGCAUUGUCAUGUUUGCUUCAGCUUUUUGUACCAACUUGAAGUUCAAUAAUGUUCUGUUGUAUGUAGAUUUUCUUCUAUAUUUUUUAGUUUCUUCCAAUAAUUUACAUGUUCUUAUCUCACUUUUCUUGUAGGUAAGCUAAAACGUUACAAUGGAUGAAGAGGGCUCUAAAAAUGCAAGGAAAGCAGAUGUUGCAUGGAAAUAUUCAAUCAUGACCCCGGAUGAGAAAUACUUUCGAUGCAAGUUCUGUACUCAACAAAUUAGCGGCACAAUUAACAGAUUGAAGCAACAUUUAGCAGGCACCCACAAAGGGAUAAAGCCUUGUCCGAAGGUACCGGAUGAAGUAGCCGAAGAAUGCAAGAAAACAUUACUAAAGCUUCAAAAUGUAAAAAUCAUGAGAAAGGCUACUUUGGAAGAAAUGCUAGUUGUUGCAACUGGAAGUGGUAACAUGGAUGGCGAAUCAGGUUCUUCUCCAACUAUGGGCAAUUUGCCUCCAAAGGCUAGAGGUCCGCUGGAUGAUUUUGUUAGUACUCAAGCAAGACAAGCUACUUUGAACUCCAAAUGGAAAAAAGAGGAAAGAAAAGAAGUUUGUCAGCAAAUUGCUGUGGAUUCUAGGAAAGUGAGAUCUCCUACAGAUUGGUGGAUACGCUUUGGCGGACAAACUCCAGAGUUGAGUAAAUUUGCAAUUCGUGUCUUGAGUUUCAGUUGCAGCUCCUCGGGUUGUGAAAGAAAUUGGAGUACCUUCGAGUCGAUUCAUACCAAGAAGAGAAAUAGACUUGAGCAUCAUAGAUUAAAUGCUCUCGUUUAUGUGAGGUAUAAUACUAGACUGAGAGAAAGGAGCAUAAAAAGAAAAUUGUAAAAGUUUGAUCCAGUUCUAGUAGAUGAAGUUGAUUCUGAUGAUGAAUGGAUUACUGAAAAGGAAGAUCCUGUGCUUCCAGAAGAUCCUUCUUGGCUUGAUGAAGAGAAUUUAUUUGAUAUUGAUGUUGUUAGGACGGUGCCGCUUACACCAUAUGAGAAUAAUCUUACACAUGAAUCAUUCAUUGAUGUUGGGAGUUUAAGAGAUACAAGUGAAUCGGGUCCCUCUAACAAAAAAUAGAAAUCAUCAGUGGAAGUCGAGGAUGAUGAAGGAUUGGAAGAUGUGGAAAUUGAUGAGACCCUCGUUUUUGAUAGCGAUUGAUAGAGCAACUGUAUCUAUGACUAAAAACUGGUGAUGAAGUUUUGCUAGGAGUUUAGGGAUGUGCUUGAUAUAUUCGAACAGAAUUGAUAUAGUAUAGCUUUUGUGCAUUUGUUUUCUUUUUUUUUUUGCAAGAUAUACCGGUUGAGCUCUUAAUUAUGAUACUUGUGUAUCUCUGACCAAAUUACUAUUUAAUGUUUAAUAGAAGAGUAAAGGCAGUGUUAAGUGGUC